CUCCGCAGCCAGACAAAGUUGUAUCGUCAACGAAGAAGGAAGGAAUGCAAACGGCCACUUUACUUGUUAAUCUGUACCUUUAACCCAAUAACAUUGUAUUCAAGUGUGCCUUAUUUGGCUCGACGUCAGUGGCAGUCGGCUGACUGCGCUCCUAAACAGUUUAUCUUGUUGUCAGAGUCCAUCUUGUUUACCUUUGUUUGGCUUUCGCAGGAGAGCUAACGACGUUAGCCAGCUAGCUUAGCUAGCGAACAGCCGUUAGCUCCUAACUCGUCCGGCGAAAUGGCGGCCAACACGGCGCAAGUAGCCCCGACAACCAACUGGUCCUAUGUGGGUGCUGCAGAUGGCCAGGUUCACGAAAACCCAGAAUGGGAGAAGGCAAGACAAGCACUCGCGUCUAUUAACAAGAGUCAGAGCUCUGCUCAGGCGGCACAAGCUAACCGGACAGCCACAGCAGAGGCUGGUCAGUUUCAGCCAGCAGUGACUGACUCUGCAGCCAUUCAGCAACAACAACCACAGCAGCAGCAAUCACAACAACAGCAGUACUAUCCAUGGUACCAACAAAGCCAGCAACAUUACCCUGGAUAUACGUACCCCUAUAAUUACUACUACCCCAUGGGUCAAUGUGGAGCGGCAUAUCCAUCAAAUCAGUUUGGUGUACCACAAGGGCCUUACCAGGGAACUCCCACCUCUAAUGGACAGCCUCCUCCAGUGCCUGGAAUGGAAGACAAGUCAUCUGCAUACCAGUCUCAAUCACAACCUCCUGCCCCUGUUACUCCCCAGCCACCCCAGAGCCCAACCUCCUCAGAGAAACCCCCUCCUCCCCCACCCCCAUCAAUUCCUCCCCAACCCAACUCCCAGUACCCCUCCUCUCCAUCACAAACUUCUUACAAUGCAAAUAACUCAAUGCAAUACCCUUCCAGUGACCCCAACCAAAUGCAAGUGUACAAUCAUUCCCAGGGAAGGCCCAACUAUGGACAGGGCUUCCAGGCCCAGAAUACCUAUCAGCCCUCUCAGAAUACCUCUCAGCAGCCAGGCCAGUAUGUACCAGGGCUUGGCAGAGGAGAGGCCAACAAAAAUAAAAAACAAGGACAGCAACUGUGGCACCGCAUGAAACAGUCCCCUGGGUCAGCUUCAGUUAAGUUCAAUAUUCACAAGAGGCCCUAUCAGGUUCAGUGUGCUCCAAUGUCCAAUCAGACUUUCCCACCAGGCGAGCAGCCCUCAGGACUGAAUUCAGAUCCCUCCUCCCCAUCUUCCGCCAGUGCUGCAUCCGGAGGUGCUCAGACCAGACCCCAGGACUGGCCCCAAGCCAUGAAGGAAUAUGUGCAGCGCUGUUUUACAGCCUGUGAGACAGAGGAAGACAAAGAUCGUACGGAGAAGGUGCUGAAGGAGGUUCUGCAGGACCGGCUGAAGGAUGGCUCUGCUUACACUAUUGAUUGGACUCGGGAGCCAUUGCCAGAACUAAAGGUCAAGCAGUCUCGUUGGGAAACUCUUCAUGCCCAGAGGACAUCAGAUGGCUCACUAAGCCAUGGUGGAAGUCCAGUAGCUGUGUCUUCAAGAGGCAGGUUGACUGCACACAGAUUGGGCCACUACAGGAAUAUAUUUUCUCAGAGGAGUCCAUCUUCUAGUUCCUCCCGCUCUUCUUCCCGCUCCCCAUCCCCAACCCACGGCCGACAUAGGGACCGUAGCAACCAAAGGCACAAACGCAGUGACUCCGGCUCACUGUCAGACAGCAGCAUUUCCAGUGACCUCCGACCACAGCUGUCACGUCGAAGUCAGAGAGGUGCACGUGGUCGUGGUAAUGACAGGGAUAGAGGCCGUGGGGAGAGAGGACGAGGAAGAGGAGGAAAAGCAAACCGAGGAAGGAGAAACAUGGACGAUUCCAAUGCAGCUGGUGGAAAGAAGAGGAAAGGUGGCAAUGCUGGUCUGGAUUUCCAUGACCCCAACAGAGAAGCCAAGAAGCAGAGCAGAGCAGCUCGUUUCCACAAGCAGCUUCGCUCAGAGCCCCUGGUUCUCUCCAUCAAUUCCCUGGACUUGCCUGAUGGGACACAGGAGGGCCUCAGCUGGGACGACUGUCCCAUUGUGGGAACAUGCCAGGACAUCACCAAGUCCUACCUGAGGCUCACCUGUGCCCCAGACCCCUCCACUGUGCGCCCCGUGCAUGUCAUGAGAAAAUCUCUGCAGACUGUGAAAGUCCACUGGAAAACCCACCAGGACUACACCUAUGCCUGUGAACAGAUGAAGUCCAUACGACAGGACCUCACGGUCCAAGGAGUUCGUACUGAGUUCACGGUGGAAGUCUACGAGUGUCACGCACGCAUUGCUCUGGAAAAGGGAGACCAUGCCGAGUUCAACCAGUGCCAGACCCAGCUGAAGGCCCUGUAUAAGGACAACCCCUCAGAAAACAUUGGAGAGUUUACAGCAUAUAGAUUGAUGUAUUACAUCUUUACUAAAAACUCUGGAGAUCUGACCACUGAGUUGGUUUACUUGACCUCUGCGCUGCGGGCCGAUGUGUGUGUGGCUCAUGCUCUCGCGCUCCGUGCUGCCUGGGCGUUGGGAAACUAUCGGCAGUUCUUUAAGCUGUACAAGGAAGCCCCGCGUAUGGCUUCAUACCUAAUUGACAAGUUUGUAGAGAGGGAAAGAAUGGUUGCACUUCGGGCCAUAGUCAAAACGUUCAGGCCAGACUUGCCGGUGGAGUAUGUGCAGUCCAAUCUGGGCUUCUCUUGUUUAGACUCCUGUAUGGCCUUCCUUACUGGGCUAGGGGUCACCUUCUACCCGUGUGACCCCCAUAAAAUAGACUGCAAAGCCAGCACAACUGCUUUGGCUGCAUCCUGAGGGGGUGGGGGGGGGGUUAUCACCGUGAAAGGAGAUGCUACGGGUCCAUCAUGGAUCCUGACCUAUUUAUUGUACUGCACUGCAGACACCCCUGCCUAUUUAGAUAGGGUAGUUGGAAAACUAACAACUGUAGAACACCCAUAUAGAAAGAUACGAGAAGAUAGGAAGAAUACUGCGCUGCAACAUUCAGAUGCCAUUUCUGACAUGAAUAAAAACUAUUUUAAACAAAGUGCACACACUGUCACUCAACUUAUGUAGGUUAGCCUAAUGCCCAAGAUGUCUCACGACUUUGAUAGGGCCAGAAAAGUGAGCGAGCAGUUUACAUUUGGGAUUAACAUCUAGUUUCAGCAUUUAGAGGCCCAGAAGUCACAGAACCAGAGCAGGGAGGCACCCUCGUGGUUCCUGUUCCGUAACCACCGUCAGAUGUCAAAGCUAACGGUGUUCUGUUAUGUUUUUUCCUUCCUCAAGUCAACAGCUCCAAGACCUGAAGAUUCAAGUCAAUCACAAGGGAAAUACAAGCCGCUGUUCAAGUCACUCAUCCAGCGCUCCUGUUUGUCAACAAGCCGACGAUUCAGGUCAACUCCACGCUCCUCUUAGAGACUGUGAGACAACAUGGGGAGAGGAUGCCUGCAGUUUGCCUACAAGAAGAAGAAGAAUAAGAAGAGGAGGAGGUAGUGGUUUGUAUAUCCUAUCCUGCACCUGGUUUCCUCAAGGUAUCUACAGUUAGCUGUGCAACCUCUUGCUUGGCCGAAAUCCAAUGGAGGAAUGGACUGAAGUCUUCGGUCUGCUUCCUGAUUUAAUGAAGUGGUAUCCAUUCGCUGGUCAGUCACUAAAUGGUUGGCCAAAGUCUCAAUCUGAUGAGCAUUGACUUUUGGUAUGAUAAAGAAUAUAGGGAAGUGUUCUUCAUCAAGGUGAUCGCCUCACUCCUCCGUACCGUCAAAGCCGAGCUCCGUCGCCAAAAUCGAAGCAGUCGGAGGGAAUCCGCCUCCAUCAUCUUCUGGUUCAAGUCCUGGCAGAACCCGGAGUCCAGCAGAGCCCGAUCAGCGCAGCACGAAGCCCACCGAUCAUCCAGUGGGCCGUCUUUACUUCACCAGCUCUUAAUCCAAAGAAACAGUGGCAGCUAAGCUGCCGUCUUUAAGUGCAGCUCACGGUGAAGUCGGAGCGUCGGGGGGGAACCUGCUGCUGCUGCCGAAGGAAUAACAAUGAGUGGUUUGUAUGCUCCGUCUGGUAAGCGAAAGGGACUCUGGAAGGAGGUGGAUGACAACAGAGAUGCUGCCUCACACGUCUCCUCUGUGAUGUUCUACGCCUCGUGUUUCUGGACCGCAGUAUUGGGCUCGUCAAAUUAUUAGUGAGCGGCAAAGCAGGUUUUUAUGUAAAUCCACAGGUUGAUUUACAGGUGAAUUAAGUAGAAAGAAAUUAAAAAAUAUCCUAAAAAUGGCAUCAAUAAGACGUGGAAAUUUACUGCACAUGUACUUGUGCUGUCUCAAUGUCAUAUGUUGACGUAUUUUCUAUUGAUUUAGACGAUAAUGUAAUGAAGAGGCAGGUCAAAUGCAAAACACUAGUUAGUCAUUUCUGAAAAAGUUUUGUUAAUUUAUCUCCGAAAGAUUUUCACUGAUCGGGGCUUAAAAUAUGAUUGUUGGUGGUGCACACUAUUUUCGGUGAUGAUUGGUAAACUAUUGACAACAAUACGUGUAUUGGUAAUUAGACUUUAAAUGUAAAAAAACAACUUUUGACACUGACAAGUCUGCUUUCCGCCAUAAUCUCUAAUCUGGGUCCCCAUUUAUGAUGUUUGUGCUGAAAUUGGAAAAAAAGUUGAUAUCGUUCCUUGUAAAUUGAGCUAAAAAUAUAUAUUAACAGUAUUAAUUACCACUGUAGAAAUAUGUUGGUAUUUAAGACGUAACUGAGCUGAACACGAGUGCAGGCUGUUUACUUGUACAUAUUGUAUGAUACUGCUGUGAGUUCCUACGGCAGGUUUUUUGUAGACACACGGGUAAGUGUGAUGGGGUUUCUUUCUGCGUUUUACAAAACUCUUUAAGUCAUUUCUGUAAAAAGUAAACGUCGAUGCAGACAGGUGUGUGUGUGUGCUCUGUCUUCAACAGGGGAUGUAGUGGUGGAGUUCAACACUGCCAGGUUCUGCCAGUUCAGCCUGAACAUAUUUAAUAUUUAUUUCUAAGUCAGUGUGGCAGGAUAUUGGGCUCAAUUUCCAGUGAUCUAACAAAUCUGGUUAUGUAUUGACCUGUCGGACAAAAAGUGUUGGCAGAUUGUCGCUUGCGAAGUUGAUGUAUAUUUACUCCGUGACAAAUGGAAGCAGCGUUUCCAAAGCCGUCGAACGCUUCCACAAAGUCAGAUUGACAGGAUGCUGAUGGAUUGUUGUUUACUGUUCCGAUCUCAACAUGUUUUCUUUCUUUCCCCUUCAUUUACCUGACCCCGUCCUCUUUGUCCCCAAACCUCUCUCACACAUCACCAGACCUCGUUCUUCAGCUCGUAGCUCUGCUGCUUUGCAGGAGCACAAGGAGCACAUGGAGCGAUGAGAAGUGGGCGGAGAGCCACCUCCAGACGCCGGCCGGAGAGAGUCGAGUGUGAGCAAUCAAGUCUUGGUUUGACCCUCGAAGCCUCUCAGCUGAUGAAAUACAUGGGAGCCACACGCAAUGGGAAUAUUGAUGUUGUUGCUAACUUAAUUUGCUGCUAACCCAAAUAAUUUAGAUGUUUUCGAUACGCGUUUAGUUUUUGACUGUUUCAGGCUUGACGAUCUCGUGUUGCCAUUUUCUGUUUGUUCAGAUGCAUUUAAUCAUUUACAUUCGUUUGCUGGUAAUUACUUUUUUUUUUUUUCUCGUCCUAUUUAUUCAUAUUUUGUGAUUAAUUUGGCUGGUGUGUUCUCGCGAGACAACAGUUUGAGUUUGUUAGAAUGGCAGUAGACUAUAUUUGACGGCGUGAAAUAAAAAAUGUGUCUGAACAUACAGAAUGUUAUCCUCAAACCUCACGGAUAUUUAGUACCAUUUAAAAUAAAUCCUUCGUAUUUCGUCAGCGUUUGUUAUUUGACACGCGCUGCUGCUCCCGUACCAAGAAUGACCUUUUGGUUCCUGAUGUGAAUGAGCUCAAUGUGGUUGUUGGUUGCCUUUGGUUUGCGUCUCUUAAAGAUGUGUACACACGUGGUUCAAGUGUGUACAUCCGAGGUCUCAGGUUUUCAGCAUUGAUGCAGCCCAGGAUGUUCGCUUUGUUUUUUUCGUUUUUUUAAUUUUUUUAAUAGAAUUUUCACCUCGGACGACUAACAAUACACAUUUUCAUUUUGGAUGUUUGGUUUUUCCUCUCCGAUGCCCGAGUCAUAUUUCCAGUAUUUUUUGCUCCCAUGUGACUGUACCUCCCAUCAGUAUUUGUAACUCCUUCCUUGAUAUUUCCUGGUCCAGCUCCCCACGCCCCCCUCACCUCUGCUGUGUUCAUUUCCUGUCAUUUGAAUGACUCUUUUCUCUGUUCUCACUUUCUCUCGUUUCCCCUCCCUGCAUGCCGUCCUCUCUGCUCUCUGACCCUAACCAGUAUUUGUUCUCCUUUCCUUUAUGUCGAGUAUGUUCGUGGCUGUUUGCCGUGUGCAAUUAGUCACUUGCUAGUAAGUAUUGUAGGGCGUCUGAAAUGCUUGAGUGGUUUGUUGUGGCUCACUAACAACUGAAGCGUUUAUCUGCCAUGCCUCCUCCCUAUCUACAGAUCUGACGUAAUCUGCCAUUUUGUAAAUAUUGUGUAUAUAUAUAUUUUUGAAAAAAAAUCUCUAAUAAACUUCCGAGUACAAAGGGCA